AGGUCGUGGCCUCGCAGGACGCGCGCUUCGCCAAGCAGCUGUCGGAACUGAACGUCACGGCGCAGCGCGCUAACGAGCUCGAGGAGGCGGUCGAGAAGAUGCGCCUCCGGGAGGCGGAGCUCGUCGCCAGGCUGGGGCAGCUGGAGGGCGCCGCGAUGCAGAAGGACCCGGCGGCGCUGGAGGCAGAGCAGAGAGCCUACCAGCUUGAGACCAUGCUGGGCAACAUGAAGUCUAUCGAGAGCGACUACGUGGCCCAGGUCGCGGCCCUUCAGCACGAGAAGCAGGAGCUAGUGGCCCAGGUCGCCCAGCUGAAGCACGCGGAGUCCGCCUGCGGGCAGCAGACCAAACGGGCGGCGGACCUCGAGGGGAUGCUGAUCCGCGAGGAGGACGCCCGCCGCCGCGCCGAGGAGAGAGCGCGCCAGCUCGAGCAGGCAUGUGCUGGCUCUGCGCAGGGGCAGCAGACGCGGGAGGAGGAUCUGCGCCUCCAGCUGAUACAGGUGCAGGGGCGCCUGGCGCGGGAGGAGCAGGCGCGCCGCGGCGCCGAGGAGCGGGCGGCCGCCGCCGUGGAGCGGGCCGCCGUCGUGGAGCGGGCGGCCGCGGAGGGGGCCGCCGCGGCGCCCGCGGCCCUGGUGGCCCGCGGGCCCGCGGGCGGGGAGGAGGCCGCCCGCGCCGCGCGCAUCGCGGAGCUCGAGGCGGAGGUGGCCGCGCACGCGAAGCGCAACGCCGAGCUGAACACGGUGAUCCAGUCCGUCCAGGACAGGGAGAAGCGCAUCGCGCAGCUCGAGAGGGCCCUGGUCGCGCCCAGCGCGCCGGUGAGCCCCCACGCGCUGGGCCCGGGCGGGCGGGCCGCCCCGGGCGGCACCGGCCCGCCGUCGGCCUGGAGCGCGCCCGCGGCCUCGCCGCUGAGCCCGCUGCCCCAGCUCGGCGGCUCGCAGCCCGCGGGCACGGGCGCGCAGAUCGGCGCGGGCGAGCCCUCGGCGCAAGGCGCCGCGGGCUCCCGAGGCUCGGCGGCCGCGCCCGCGGCGCAGCCUGCGCCCGCGUCGGUGGAGGCCGUCGCCGGGCGCUCCUCCGCGGCCACGCCGCUGCGGUGGCCGGCCGAGGGCACGCCCCGGCAGGCGUCGCCCAUGCGGCUCUCGGAGCACGCAGGUGGGCCCCAGCGCGCGGUGUCGCCGAUGCGCGUGGUGCAGGUGUUCAGCACGCAGGGCGCCCCUGGGAGGCAGUCCGCCGUGUCCCCGAUCCGGGUCCUCGGCACGCGGGACGGCCCUGUCCGGGAGUCCGUCCGGGAGAUCCGCCGCGAGUUCCGCGGCAGGCUCUCGACGACGCCGCAGGCGCCCGGCGCCGCGGCCCCGCCGCCGCGGGCGCGCGGCCCGGCGGAGGCCGCGCGGCCCGCUGGCGGCGAGCCUGGCGCCGGCCACCUGCCGCCGUGGAUCGAGGCCCCGAGCGCGGGGCGCCCGCGGGGCGCCCCGCGGGGCGCCCGCGGGGCGGCCGCGGGGCGGCCGCGGGGCGGCGCGGCGGUGGCGCAGCUUCGGGCAGCCCGCCCCGGGAGUGCCCUGGAGCCCUCGAGCCUGGGGCAGAGGGCAGGCCUCGACCCCUGCCCGAGCCAUGCCGAGCUCUUCGGACCCGGGUUUAGGUUCAUACUGGCUCUUAAGUUCAGCGCUCGCCUAGUGCUGUUUAUGCAGUGCCAGCGAUGCAAGGCGGCGGGGUGCCCGCGGAUGGUGCGCUCGGGUCGACGAGUGCCGCGGAAGACGCUGCCGGCUCAGCGGGCGGUGCCACUCAUGCCGGGCCUUGGGGGGCAGUGGGCGCAGAGCCUGCAGCUAGUGAGGCCGCCGGCUCAGCCGGUGACCAACAACCUGUCUCUCAAAAUGCUGCUGCGCUGCUGCAUGCGCCACGUGCUGCGGCCGCUGAUGGGCGGACCUCCGGCUGGCUUCGCCUCUUGGGCAGCCGCCGCGUCGCUCCGCGUUGCCUGCGCCGCCGACGGCGCCAAGGAGCCAGGGUCGCUGUUCGCGCGCGCCGAGGCCCUGACCGUGCCGCCCCCCGCAGAGCCGCCGCCCGAGGGGCCCUGGCAGGCGGGUGCGUGGAGGUGGACCGCGACGAAGUUUGACAAGCAGGAACUCAUCGAGGCCCGGGGGCGGUGCGCCCCCGCGGCGGCGCCCCGCGGGCCCCCGCGGCGGUGGGCCCAGGCGGCGGCGCUGGGCGCGGCGGCGCUCGCGGCCUGCGCGGCCCUUUCGGCGGCGGCGGCAGCACCAGCUAGGGGCGGGCCGCCGCGGCAG